GGCUUGAGAGACUGGGCGGCUUCAUGGUGAAAUCAGAGUGAGAGGAAGUUGUUAGUAGAGUACAGUGAGUUCGGGUUGCCGUUUCACUUCGAGCAUCCGGGGCACUGAGUGUAUCCUGCUAAAAUCUCCGUUCCUGCCAAUCCACCUGCUGCUGGAGGAUGAAGGUCCUGUGCGAGGAUGUAAAUGGUCCCCGAAGCUCCCUGGGCCGGGCCUGGAGUCACAUGUCGUGGCUGUACUAUCAGUACCUUCUGGUGACGGCGCUCUAUAUGCUGGAGCCCUGGGAGAGAACAGUGUUCAAUUCCAUGCUGGUUUCGAUAGUGGGAAUGGCGUUAUACACUGGCUAUAUCUUCAUGCCGCAGCAUAUUCUGGCCAUCUUACACUACUUUGAGAUCGUCCAAUGACCCAGAAGAGCCCUGCUUUGCAAGGACAUUGUUGGGGGGGGGGGCGCAACUGUCAUCUCUGUGAUGGCGUAUUUGGCGCCAGUGAAUACCUGGGAGACGGCACUAUGGUCCCAAGCUGGAUGAAUAGUAUCACCUGGGAGCUGCUGGAGUCCUUCCAUCCCUAGCUGGAUGUUCAACACACAUCGUCACACACACUGGAACUUAACCAUUUUGUUGCCACAAAAGCCUGCAGCUUCGUGCCUGGUAGUCCUGACAGCAAAAGGGUUAAAAGCAGUAUUUAUAGAAAUGUUUUACAUAUUGCACACUAAAUGCAUUUUAUGAAGUCAUAACUUGCCUGUCAUUUUUAACACCCACCAAUUAAAACUUUUUUUAUAUUCGUGUGAAGCUUGAAGCAUUGAUAAUCUGCUUUGUACACAAAUUCAUCGGCACUAGUUGUGUGUAAAUGAAACACUUCUCACUUGUACAGCUGCUGUUCUGACACAAUUGCGUGGAAACUUUAUGGCAUAUUUUUAGGUUUUUUUUUUUUUUUUUCUGGUUUUGUUAACUAAAUUUAACCAAAUACAUGUUGUUUUCCUUAAAUUCA